AGACCUGUUUGCGCAGUUGAGUGGAGCUGCAUCUGCUAGCUGCUGGCGCGGGGCACGAGCCUACGGGAUUAAAGGAUUGGCCACGGAACGCAGGAACGCUGUCACCGGGAAGUGGGCGGACACAGACCGGAGGCGGGACAUUGUGGGCCAGGAAGGACCGCCCCUUCCGGUGUCCCAGUUACGUUCGCCGCUUGGGCUCCAUGGCUGCUCUGGGCCGGCAGGUGUGUGAUUGGCACCGUCUAACAGCCCUCUCCUGGGCCUGUUUGUCUAGACGGACUCCUCAUCUCAGAGAAAGGAGAAGGAUGAGUCCUUCCUUGUUUUGCAAACUGACUACAGUAUGCAGUGGAGAGAGCCUUCAAGAGUCAUCCUGUGUUAGACCCAAAAAGUAUGUGCUGGAUCCAGAGUACAGUACACAGCUUGUUCCGUGUCUUCAUGGGGAACAGAGGACUCGUGUGGAGCCCAAGUCCUCGGAGCUUGAAAAGGUCAUCAGUUCCCUCCAGGACAUGGGUUUUGAUGAAGCCCAUGUUAACAGUUUGCUCAGUAUGCAGCCAACUGUCCAUCCUCAACAGUUGCUGGACAUAAUUUCAGAGUUUCUACUCUUAGGGUUGCACCCAGAACCUGUAUUCAUGGCCAUGAAGAAAAGUCCACAGUUACUGAAACUGUCCACAGUGCAAAUGAAGAAGCGUUCCAGUUACCUGCGGAAGCUUGGUCUUGGAGAAGGCAAACUGAAGAGCUUGCUCCAUGGUUGCCCUGAGGUUUUCACCAUGCGUCAGCGGGACAUUGAGAGUGUGGUGAAGGUCCUCAAAGAGAAAUGCUUGUUCACAGUACAGCAAAUCACUGAGCUUUUGCACAGAUGCCCGGCUGUUUUUCAGGAGGACCCCAGUAAACUAGAAUACAAAUUCCAGUAUGCAUAUUUUCGGAUGGGAAUUAAGCAACGGGACAUAGUCAGGAGUGAUUUCUUACAGUAUUCAGUAACCAAGAUCAAGCAGAGACACAUGUACCUGGAACGCCUUGGACGGUACCAAACCCCUGAUAAGAAGGGGCAGACACAGAUCCCUAAUCCUUUACUCAAGGACAUUCUCAGAGUUUCUGAAGACGAGUUUUUGGCCAGGACAGCGUGCUCCUCUGCUGAGGAGUUUGAGGUUUUUAAAAAGCUCUUGGAACGAGAAGAGGAGGAAUCCGAGAGCCAUGUGUCGGAGGAGGAGGAGGAGGAUGAGGAGGAGGAGGAGCUGUGAUAGAGGACUGAGAUGAAGAGGGCACAGAGCUGCUGGACAUCGUUCUCAUUCUCAAAGCUUUGGGGAGAUCACCUGGAUCUUCCCAAGCAUUUUUCAUACCGACACCGAUCUUUUGAUGAAAAAAAAGUUAUGAUCCACUGGAGAUAUAGGUGCAUCAAACCAAAUAGGGGAUGCUGUAUGGCCUAUUGGGUUCUGUGGGAGGCCUACUGAAUCCUAAAUAAAGGACUGAGCUGUUAAAA